AUGCCAGACUUGGUGAUCGUAGCCGUUGGCGGUCCUUCCAGCUCGGGGAAAAGCACAUGCGCCAACGCGUUGCAUUGCUUGUUUGCAAAUUCCAUUCUUGUGCAUCUCGAUGACUUUUAUUUUCCAGAUAGUAAAAUACCCAUAGACAAUAAUCUCAACGUGCAAAAUUGGGAUUGUCCCGAAGCAAUUGACUUUGACAAGUUUUACCGGUACCUUAAAAACUUGAAGCUGGGAGGUCUGUUGGAACAUGACGCUCCAUCUUUGGAAAUAGAUCCACACUUGAAAUUGACUACUGAUGAAAUUUCAUCUUUAAAGCAAAAAUGUGCAGCAAUUAUGCCCCACGAAACUUUGGUAUUUAUAGACGGGUUCAUGUUAUUCCACGACAAGAAACUUAUUUCCUUGUACGACAAGAAACUCUUUUUUCACGCUUCUUAUGAAACUUUAAAAACUAGACGAGAAAGUCGUCAAGGUUAUAAUACAGCUGAAGGCUUUUGGGUGGACCCUCCUCAUUAUUUCGAACGAAUAGUGUGGCCAGAAUACGUCAGGACCCACCUGUACUUGUUUGAAAAUGGUGAUGUCAACUCUUCUUUAAACGAAACUGCUGCAAAAUUGGGUGUUAAAAGUAUACGAAACAACGAAGGAACAACGUUGAAAAAUUUAGUGGAAGUUGCUUUGGAGAAAUUAAGAGAUUGA